AUGUCGGUGCGGAGGACAUUAUGGCAGACGCUCAUCCGUGCCAAUAAUGUCCUCAACCAUCCCCGGGUGGCCGGUCGAGCCUCAUGGUCCGAGGCACCAUCGCUGCGCCAAUACAACACUCUGACCGUCAAUGCUGCCGAUCUCUCCUUCGGCCAGCCUGUCCAUGAAACCCAUCCACAUCUCCUGCAACCGGGGGAGCUAACGCCAGGUAUAACCGCGCAGGAGUAUGCCGACCGGCGCACGAGACUCGCGGCCAAACUGCCAGACAAAGCCAUCGCCAUCAUCGCCGCGGCCGAUCUCCAGUUCCGGUCGGGCAGCGUCUUCUACGAGUUUCACCAAGAUCCUGACUUCUUCUACCUGACGGGCUUCAACGAACCGGAAGCGCUCGCCGUCAUUGGCAAAGACCCCACGGGCACCGACCAUACCUUCCACCUGUUCGUCCGCGAGAAGGAUCCCAAGGCAGAGAUCUGGGAUGGCGCAAGAUCCGGCACACAGGCGGCCAAGGACGUGUUCAAUGCAGACGAGACGGGCGACAUCUCCCGGCUGAAAAAGGUCCUGCCGGACUUGGUGGGUGAGGCUUCUCAGGUGUACACCGACAUCACGAGUCCCGACACCAACCGAUCGGCCUUGCAGCGGUUUCUCUUUGGGGCGUCCCGCAAGACCACCGAAUUCGCAGAGCUCAUCGAGUCCAGAAAAGUGCACCGUCUUCGACCGAUCAUGAACGACCUGCGAGCCUUCAAGAGCUCGGCCGAGAUUGACCUCAUGCGGAAGGCUGGAAGAGCAUCGGGACGGGCCCACACGGAAGCCAUGAGGAAGGCCUGGACGCAUGAGAAACAGCUCGACGCGUACCUACGCUAUCGCUUCAUUGCGAAUGGGUGCGAUACCAGCGCGUUUGAGCCUGUGGUUGCCGGUGGUAAGAAUGCACUCAGCAUCCACUAUGUCCGCAACGAUGAUGUGCUGCGGGACGAUGAGCUGGUGCUGGUGGACGGUGGGGGGAAGUAUGGUGGCUACAUCGCCGACAUCACGCGAACGUGGCCGGUUGGAGGGAAAUUCAGCGACGCGCAGAGAGAUCUGUACCAAGCCGUGCUCACCGUGCAGCGGUCGUUGAUCUCUCUAUGCCGGGCCAGCGCGAACAUGUCGCUGGACAAAUUGCACAAUAUCGCCGAAGAAUAUCUCUCCAGCGAGCUGCGGCAGAUUGGCUUUGACGUCUCUUCCAAAGCCAUUGAGAGCCUGUUCCCACACCACUUGAGCCAUUACAUCGGCCUGGACGUGCACGACACGGUGGGAUAUACGAGGAAGGUGGUGCUGCAAGAGGGCCACUGCAUUACGAUCGAGCCAGGGAUCUAUGUGCCCGACGACGAGCGGUGGCCGAAGCAUUUCCGCAACAUGGGAGUGCGCAUUGAAGACAGCGUCAGUGUCCAGGACGACAGCCCGUUUGUGCUGACGACGGAGGCCGUGAAAGAGGUUGUCGAUAUCGAAGCCUUGAGGGAUUGA